AUGGCGGAUACAUUUUGGCUGCUGCUGUCGAACAUGCAAAAAAGCGAGCAUAACGGAAAUCGCCACGGCGACCAGACAAAUAGGCUUGGAGAGACUCGUGGAUUGUAUGACGAGGUUCAACAGAAUGUUCUCUGCAAGGGCCAACGCCGUCUGCUUCUCCAGCGCCUCACGGAACGCGACCGAGACGGAUAA